AAAUGAUUGGGGAAAUACCCGCGUUUUUGAAGUGCCCUUUUAACGACGAAGCAAUUACACCAAACAAAUUAAAUUAACAACAACAUGGUGACAUGGUGGAUUGGUGGGUUUCUUCAAAAAUCAGAUUCUAACAAUAUAAUUAUUAGAUAAUCCUAUGAUUAGAGGAGUAAUAAGACCUUGUUUGGAGAGAGAAAAAGGAGGAAAAUUGAAUCAAUUUUUUGAUUUUUGAUAAUGGCUUUUUCAAGAGAUAAUGUAAUUGGGUUUGGAUUAGCCCUUUCAUCAAGUGGGUUUAUUGGGGCAAGUUUCAUCAUCAAAAAGAAAGGAUUAUGGAAAGCUGGAGCUGCUUCUGGGGUUCGAGCUGGUAAUGGGGGAUAUUCAUAUGUUUUUGAGCCAUUAUGGUGGAUUGGCCUAUUCAUGAUGAUUGUUGGUGAGGUUGCAAAUUUUGUGGCAUAUGCAUUUGCUCCAGCUAUUCUUGUAACACCACUAGGAGCCUUGAGCAUUAUUGUCAGUGCUGUGUUGGCUCAUUUUAUGUUGAAAGAGAAAUUAAACAAGUUAGGGUUCCUGGGUUGUGUAAUGUGCAUUGUUGGUUCUGUUAUCAUAGUGGUUCAUGCACCAAAAGAGCAUUCUGUCACAUCUGUUCAAGAAAUAUGGAACAUGGCCUCUCAGAUGGGGUUUCUUCUUUAUGUUGGAUCGGUCCUUGUGUUAGUUUCCAUUCUGAUACUCUACUUUGCACCGUUAUGUGGACACUCAAACGUGUUGGUUUACACUGGAAUUUGUUCCUUGAUUGGCUCUCUCUCGGUUAUGAGUGUUAAAGCCCUCGGAAUAUCAUUGAAAUUGACGUUUGAGGGAAAUAACCAGUUACUCUACCCAGAAACAUGGUUCUUCACUGUGGUUCUUCUGGCAUGCAUCAUUACUCAAAUGAAUUAUCUGAAUAAGGCUCUGGAUACUUUUAACACCGUGGUUGUGUCCCCUAUAUAUUAUGUUAUGUUCACAACACUUACAAUUCUUGCCAGUGUGAUAAUGUUCAAGGACUGGGAGGGUCAAGAUGGAGGAGCCAUUGUAUCAGAAAUAUGCGGCUUCAUUGUUGUCGUCUCAGGAACGAUCUUAUUACAGAUGACCAAAGAGGUUAUGGAAAAACUGCCGUCUUUCAAAGGUAAUGCUUAUGCGGCGCCCCCUAUGUCCCCCACACUUACAGCCGGACUUUGUGCCGGAAAUGCGGAUUUCCAAAAAUGUUGGGAUGAUGUGGAAAACUCCGAGGAGGUUCUGUUGAGUAGACAAUACUCGUACACCUAACUAAAUGGUUCGCGUUCCUUAACUCUGACGACCCAAAUAUUCCCGAGGGAGUGAGGAAUGUUUUUCGUUGUUGUUAGAGGUUUAUUGCCAAAGUUAUCAGAAAGUCGUUUUCAAGACCAAAGCACAUUAGUUUUCGGAGCAAGAAAACACGGGACUGAUGGGAGACGAGGCCGGGAGCGCAGUGUGUAGUUGCUAAGAAGAAUGGAAAGUGAAGCUUGUUUGGAAGUAAAUUAUAAAUGUACAAUUGUACAUAGUACAUAGUACAUUUGAAAUAUGUAUUUAUUUGUGUAACAUUUUUUGAUGUAAAUAGUGUUAGAGUUCCUUUUUAGGGACUUAGGGUAACCCAUUUUCAUUGUUUUUGUAUUAUGUCUUUCCCGCAUUUUGCGUCCGGGAAGACGUAAACAAGGAAGAUUCUAUAAGAAAUUUAGUCAAUAGCUCUAA